UUUUGUUUUAAAGGAAAUAAAAUAAUUUAUUUAUCUGUAAUAUUUUUACGUUUAUAAUUUUUAAUUAAAAUAAUAAUAAUAAAUCUCCAGGAAGACUGUUACCGAAACAAGGGAGGUUUCUUGAGUACAGGUCCAAGUAUGCUCUUGGCUCUGUCCCUCCGGAGUUUGUCGGCUUUUUCUCUCGAAGACAAACCGUAAAAGAUCGAAGGCUUCCGAGCCGUUGUUAGAAAAAAAAAUGGGAAUAUUGGAGAAAAUCUCCGAGAUCGAGAAGGAGAUCGCACGGACCCAAAAGAACAAAGCCACCGAAUACCAUCUCGGGGUCCUCAAGGCGAAACUCGCCAAAUACCGGGCCCAGUUGCUCGAGCCCUCGAAGAAGGGGGAAAAGGGCGAGGGCUUCGACGUCCUCAAGUCGGGCGAUGCCAGGGUCGCCCUCAUCGGAUUCCCUUCCGUCGGAAAGUCAACAUUGCUCAGCACGCUGACAUCUACACACAGUGAAGCUGCGUCUUAUGAAUUUACAACUUUAACUUGUAUCCCUGGUGUAGUGGAAUAUAAAGGCGCAAAUAUACAGCUUCUGGAUUUGCCAGGUAUUAUCGAAGGUGCUUCCCAAGGAAAAGGAAGAGGGCGACAGGUAAUUGCCGUUGCAAGGACGGCAGAUGUAGUUUUAAUGAUGUUGGAUGCGACAAAGCAAGACGUUCAGCGAGCCUUACUUGAAAAGGAAUUAGAAGCUGUUGGUAUUAGGCUUAAUAAAAAAAAGCCCAACAUAUAUUUUAAGGUCAAAAAAGGUGGUGGAAUUGCGUUCAAUUCGACAUGCACUUUGACCAAAUGUGAUGAAAAACUUGUCCAGAUGAUUUUACACGAAUAUAAAAUCUUUAAUGCAGAAGUCCUUUUUCGAGAAGAUUGCACUGCCGAUGAAUUGAUCGAUGUGAUUUCAGCCAAUAGAGUUCACCUCCCCUGUCUUUAUGUUUAUAACAAAAUAGAUCAAAUUUCACUGGAAGAAGUCGAUAGGAUAGCAAGGCAACCACAUAGCGUUGUGGUUAGCUGUAAUAUGAAAUUAAACUUAGACACUCUGCUUGAAACAUUGUGGGAAUAUCUCGCACUCAUCAGGGUUUAUACAAAAAAACCAGGUCAACCGCCAGAUUUUGAAGAUGGGCUCAUAUUGAGAAAAGGUGUCACCGUUGAACAUGUUUGUCAUGCUAUUCACAGAACGAUUGCGGAUUCAUUUAAAUAUGCACUAGUUUGGGGCACCAGCACCAAAUAUUCACCACAGAGAGUUGGGCUCCAACAUAUUAUGCAUGAUGAAGAUGUGAUUCAGAUUAUUAAGAAAUAAUAUUCUUAAAAUAACUAAUAUAUCAAAAAUAAAAUGAUAAAAGAACUGCUCAACUUUGUUUUAGACAGCAUUUCUCUAAUUUUAUUUUUUAAUAAAACUACA